AUGACCUACUCUGCACAAAGGAGAGGCGGACUGACAUAUAACUCGAAAAGAUUUCAAAUGGUCUCAUUGCUGAAACUAGCAAAGGUCACGGAAGAAGGCGUCCGAUUCCUGAGUCCUCAUGAUGGCAGUCCAAUGUUGCUCACUCCAGAACACUCCAUGUCCCUCCAGAACUCGAUUGGCUCCGACAUCAUCAUGCAACUGGACGACGUCAUCCAAACCACAUCUCCGGAUCACGCCAGGAUCAAAGAAGCCACGGAUCGCUCCAUCCGAUGGCUUGAUAGGUGCAUCGUUGCCCACAAGUACCCCGAGAAGCAGAACUUGUUUUGCAUCAUUCAAGGCGGACUUGAUCUCGAACUCCGGAGACAAUGCUCCAUUGAAAUGGUCAAGAGAGAUACGCCUGGUAUCGCCAUUGGUGGACUCUCCGGUGGUGAAGCAAAGGCAGACUUUUGCAAAGUAGUUGACACCUGCACCAACCUGCUACCAGACGAGAAACCCAGAUAUGUAAUGGGCAUUGGAUAUCCCGAGGAUAUCGUCGUCGCAGUAGCAUUAGGGGCUGAUAUGUUCGAUUGCGUCUGGCCAACCAGGACAGCACGCUUCGGCAACGCCAUCACUCCAUUCGGGGUCCUGAACAUCAAACACUCCCGCUAUGCCGAGGACUUCACGCCCGUCGAAGAUGGCUGCACAUGUACGACCUGCCGCCCCCGAGAAGCCGGUGGUCUCGGUAUCACCCGAGCCUAUCUCUACCACCUCGCCGCUAAGGAAACCGUUGGAGCACAUUUACUGACGAUCCACAACGUGCACCAUCUACUUACGUUGAUGCGUAGAACGAGAGAAGCUAUUCUGAAGGAUGCGUAUCCCGCCUUUGCGCGGGAGUUCUUCCAGAGCUAUUUUCCGGAGGAGGGGCCGCCGGAGUGGGCGAGAGACGCGCUCAAGGGUGUGGGUAUUGAGAUUUGA